AUGGUUUGUACAGCUAUAAUAAAUAAUUUCAAAUUAAUAGUUCCAAUUGCGGUAGUUUUGGGAGCUUACUUAUAUCAUAUUAAAUUAAAGUUAUACUAUGAAGAUUUUUUAAAUGACACCAAUGAGGAAAACGCUGGUAUUUUUACUGCAACUAAAUUAGCACAAUUUGAUGGGGAGACACAGAGUGAUUUAUAUUUGGCAGUAUUAGGGACAGUUUUCAAUGUUACAGAAGGAAAUAGACAUUAUAAAAAGGGUGCUGCAUAUCAUUACUUUAUAGGUAAAGAUGGGUCUAGAGCCCUUGUUACUGGUAAUUUCAAGGAUGAAAGUGAUGAAAAAGAUCAUGUAAUUGACUUAUCUUGCAAUGACUUAUUGAGUCUAGUCCACUGGCGGAAUACAUUCAAGAAAAAGUAUAUAGAAGUCGGUGUCCUCGUAGGAAGAUUCUAUGACAUUGGUGGUCAAGAGACUGUUUACAUGAAGGAGUUUGUUAACAAAAUAAAACAAUGUGAAGUGGAGAAAGAAGCGUCAAGAAGAGAAGACCAGAAAUAUCCACCUUGUAAUAUUGCAUGGUCUGCUGAUGAGGGCACUAAAGUUUGGUGUACAAAAUCUAGUGGUGGUGUUAAAAGGGGCUGGAUAGGAGUUCCUCGGCAACUCUUCACUCCUGGAGUAGAAAAACCUCGCUGCAUCUGCUUUAAUGACGUAGAUGGCGAUUCUGUAGGACUUAUAAAAGAAUAUGACAACUGUCCAAAAUCUUCUACAGAAUGUUUAGUAAAAACUUGA